UUGUCAUUUCACUGCGCAACAAUAUGUUUGAGCUGUCUGCUCGGCUCAUUGGCAUCUACAAGACGAGCAACAUGACGCGCAGUAUCUCAUUGGAGAACAAGGAAAUUGAACGGGCAUCUUCUGAUCGUGCGACCGUGGCGACGUCUGUAUAGGAUCUGUAUUUACUCCAGAACUACGUCGACCAUCUAUAGCUACGGUCAAAAUGGGUAAAGAGCGCACCUUUGCGCUGGCAACAGAGCUCGUCCACUUCAACAAUGGACCCUCCAGACAAGAUCCUUUUAUGCCCAGUGUCGCACCGCUCUAUCAAUCAGCCACCUUCAAGCAAGUCUCUGCAACACAAAUGGGCGACUAUGACUAUACGCGCUCAGGCAACCCCACACGGACCCAGCUCGAGGCACAUAUGUGCAAGGUCUUCAAGACAAAGCAUACUCUUGCCAUUAAUAGCGGAAUGGGCGCUAUGGAUGUGAUUAUACGGCUGCUGAAGCCAGGUGACCAAGUGGUUGCUGGCGAUGACUUGUAUGGCGGUACCAAUCGCUUGCUAGGCUAUUUGAAGCAGAAUGCAGGUGUCGAUGUCAGGCAUGUCGAUACAACCUCUGUAGAGGCAGUUCAGCAAGCUUGCUCCAGCAAGACGACCAUGGUCUUCCUGGAAACGCCGACAAACCCCUUACUCAAGAUUGCCGACUUGCCAGCCUUAGCAGCUGCAGCAAAGAAAGCCAAUCCAGAGGUGAUUGUUGUGGUGGAUAACACCGUCAUGUCGCCGUUGCUGCAGCAGCCGCUUACGUUGGGUUGCGAUAUUCAUUACGAGUCUGCAACCAAGUACCUCAAUGGCCAUCACGAUGUCAUGGCUGGCAUCAUUGCUGUGAAUGAUGAAGCGCUCUACAAACGCCUCUUCUUUGUUGUGAAUGCAACAGGCUGUGGUAUUGCACCAUUUGAUGCGUGGUUAUUGAUGCGCGGCGUCAAGACAUUGGGGAUCCGUCUAGAGCGUGCUAUGCAGACUGCAGGCAAGCUCGCCAUCUGGCUCGAGGAGCAUCUUCCGCGUCUCCUCAAAUCACAGUGUAAAGUCAAUUACCCAGGACUGGCCUCUCAUCCACAAUAUGCAAUACACAGCAGAAUUGCCAAAGGGGGUGGUGCCGUCUUGUCAUUCUCCACAGGCAGCGUUGCCCUCUCUGAGCAAAUUGUCUCGGGGACACAAAUCUUUGGCAUCACAGUGUCUUUUGGAUCGUGUGACUCGCUCAUUUCCAUGCCAUGCCGUAUGUCACAUGCGAGUAUCCCGGAGCAUGUCCGGCGCGAGCGUCAGUUGCCUGAGGAUUUGAUUAGGUUGUGUGUGGGUAUUGAGGACUAUGAUGAUCUGGUCUGGGACUUGGAACAGUCUAUCCUGGCGAGUGUGAAGCAUGUUGAGCAACACGGUGCGCAGGCCGAGGGCGUCAACCAUCCGACGCAGGAUUGAGAGAAGACGUCAUAGACAUAGACAAGAGCAUCUCAUAGACGACAUGUCCUCCAAUUCAACUAUGAACAGCAUCAAGACAAAGGCAAGCGAAUUGGCUUCAGCAGUGCUUCCAGAGACGGGACCCGAGGGACCGUUGUCUGGUGCACCAGGCUUGAAGGACGACAAGGAGCGCA